GGGGAUCAGGGUCCCCCAUGUGGGAUGUGGCCCAAGCGUUUUGUGAAGAGGGGGCGACCGGCGACUCCCGGAGCCAGUAGAAAAACCCUGAAUUCUCCCCAGUCUUCCAAGGAAAACCUAAUCUUAGUCGUGAGAAGGUAUCUGGGCGAAGCACUAGCGCUUGAGGGCACGAAGUUGAGGAGCGGCUGUUAAAGAGCGUCCCCCCGCCCUCGUUUUGGGGUGAGAGGAUCCUCUGGCGGUGCUGGCGAGCUGUGCGCUCUGGCCUCCAUGGGGCCGCGUCUUACACUCUUGUUGGCCGCUCUGGCCGACUGCCUGUGUCCGGCGAGGCCCUGCAUCAUGUGUGACCCGUUUGUAGUGGCUGCGCUAAAGACUUUGGAGCAGAGUUACCUGCCUGGCCACCUGGCACCUGAGCAUCACGAAAACGUAAUGAAGAGGGUAGAGCAGGCGGUGAAGGACUUCAAGGAUCUGCCUUUGAAUAAGGAUACCUAUGUGGGGGCCGUGGAUGAGGACACACUGGAACAGGCAUCUUGGAGUUUUCUGAAGGAUCUGAAACGUAUCACGGACAGUGAUGUAAAAGGAGAGCUCUUUGUAAAGGAAUUAUUCUGGAUGCUCCGUCUGCAAAAGGACAUCUUCUCCACCCUUGCUACGCGUUUCCAAAAAGAAGUUUAUUGUCCCAACCAAUGUGGCACGAUGUUGCAGACUCUGAUCUGGUGUAACAGGUGUGAGAAGCAGGUCCACUCUUGUCGGAAAUCCAUGGAUUGUGGGGAGCGCCGGAUAGAGGUGCAUCGCUUGGAAGACUUGGUCCUGGACUGCCAGCUCAGUUGGCAUCACGCUUCUGAGGGACUUACGGAUUACAGUUUUUACAGGGUUUGGGGGAACAGUUCUGAGACCUUGCUGUCCAAGGGGAAAGAGCCCUACAUGACCAAGUCGAUGGUGGGUCCAGAGGAUGCUGGCAACUACCGCUGCGAACUGGGGACCGUCAACGCGGGUCCUGCCACUAUUAUCCAUUUUCGUGUCAUAGUAUUACCCCAAAGGGCAUUAGAGGAAAAACCGGCACCAAACGUCAUAAUCCAGGAGGAGGAAACCCCUGGCCAGGUGACUGCAGAGGUCCCGGAGUUCGUAAUUACGAUCGUCCAUCAUCCAAAACCAUCGGGAAAUCUGAGACGCCGACUCAUAAUACUGUUGAUCCUUGGCUUCCUAGUUCUGGUGGCCAGCAUCAUUGCCUCGGUUCUUCACUUUAGGAAAGCUAGAGCUAAAUCGAAGACCUCAAGUUUAGAGAUCCGGUCAUCAAGGAUGGAAUUCAGGUCAUCAGAGCUGGAGAGGUCCUCUUUCCAGCUGGAACCGUCGUCCCUACCAGCAGAUUCGCAGCCCUCACGGCCUGAGGUCGAGAGCGGCGCCGAGGAGACAGACGAAAAGGCAGGGGAAUCAGAAAGCCAAUAAAGAUUUGACCUGUU